UUAUUUAACGACACCACCAACAAAAAUUCACAUUACCCCGUCAUUACGCACUCUUGUUAUUAAAUUCUUAAACCGAACGUCUUCGUCGACAAUGUGCAAGACACUUAUUUACCUUUAACAGGCGUGUGAACUAUGACACAAAUAAUGAAAGUACAACCCACAUCCUGUUCAGUUCGGAAAAAGCAAACCCCCGAACAGGCCCACCCUUGUCUGUAACAUGCACAAGGUAAACCGAACUUUGACCGGCACUGAAGCGAGCACCUGGCUACGGUCUAAUGCUGCUCCGCUAUCUCAACUUUACGCAGGGUGGAGCAGAAGCAGGAAACCGUUCUUCCAAACAUGGACUGACUUACUUCGGGCAAUGUAGGGGUGUUGGCUAAGAACGUGGAUUUUCAACCUCAGGGAGAUCAGUGGGAAUUUAAAUGUUACAUGAAUCACGUAUUCGGGUCGUCAGCUAAUCGCAAUAACACGUAGACUGUAUACCCACCAAUGGACAGCAUUGUCUUUUAACAGUUCAGCUAUUUCCGAGACUGCGUCACGGGAAAGAUCUAAGUCACCCUCUGGACAGUGUAAACUCGGGUCAUGGCGGCUAGCCCGGCGACGCCCUAAAACUUUUAUCCGUCUGCCAGCGCUGCCAUAAUUCGCAAUGGAAGUCACAGAGACGGCACAGCCUGCCAACUUCUUAACCUCCUUCAAAUGGAGUGAGCGGUCCAUCGCCCUUGGAGUGCUGUUAGAGAACUACCGGCUGCCGCAGGUGGUGAGGGUACCGCGGGAUCACCAGGUGCGGGUCGGGGCCGUGUCCCUGGCCGGGGACCAGCAUGUUCUCCUGGGGGAAGCGCGGAAGGUUCGCCGGGUGGUGGCGCAGGCAGUCGAACUCCGGAGUUUCCUUCCUAUCGGGUCCAAACUCAGCAUUCCCAUGGAUUUCAGGGGGCGCUUCCUGCUGUUGCCGCUAGAGGGCUGGCAGGUCGGGGUACGCCAUUUCGAGACGGUGUCAGAACUGACGGCUUCCUUCCCAGAUAAAGUCUAUGCAAAGGAAGAUAUUCAUCUGGAUGUCUUCGAUGGCAUAGAGAAGACGCCGGACAAGAAAAAAGUCGCCAAGACGGUCAAACACGUCAUUGUUCAGCGCGGUGACGUCCUGACGUUGCUUGCCGUGAAGAAAGCCUACCGGGUGUCUAAGACAACUAAGAAACCCAAGAAAGGCAGCUCCAAGGCGGUGGACUGUUUGAUUUGCGCCAAUCAGAAGAACGAACGUGUGGCCCUGCCCAUCUCGUUCCCAGGCAAGUUCGUGACGGUUCACACCAUUGAAGAGAUCAUCAAGAACUAUCGGCUUCCGGUCAUGGUGCAACUUGUGCAGGGCCAGCCCCCGCCGGUGGACAACUUCACAGGUGUACUGACACUGAUGGAGACCGGUACAGACCACAGCGUACAGGCCAGGCUGGUGUCCGCGGAGGGAGAAAUAGACACGGAGCCGUUCAGAAUCCCGGUCAUCGGCAAGAAAGUUCAGCUCGUCCCUCCUGAAGCGAUGUUACUGAACACCGCGGAGUACAAGCAGAACUUAGCGGACUGGCUAGAAGGCAACUGGCAGGGGCCGCCGGCCAAUGGCCACGUUAGCAACGGCUCUGUGUUAAGAGAAACACCGCGUAACGGAGAUCUCGUGACGGUACAAGCCACCCUGCACCAGGAAACGUCUCCAAAAGAACUGGAGAGGUCAGCGGAGGAUGACGUUACUACGGCCGACGGCAGCAGUCGCGUUGUUUCAAUGGACGGCUCUAUCUACGAGUAUGUCGAGGGAUCGAAACCCCCAGAGGAAAAGCCAGAGGUUCGCCGACACAUUACUCUUGCUGAAAUAGUUCUGGAGGAUUCGUCUACAGACCCUCCGGACUCCCCAAAGGAAACGGUGGAAAGUUCAGCUGACAGAAGCGAGGGCGCACCACCUGCUCCAGACUACCCUGCCCCUCUUCCACCCAUCCUCCCCCCUGACGUCGUCACUCCGCCUGCCCCCGACUACCCCGCCCCUCCACCGCCCCUUCAAUCGGAGACACUCGCCCCCCUCGAAGUCCCACCACCUGUUCCGGAUAAACCUAUCAACAUUCCGGAACGCGACUAUGACCCAGACCCUCCUUCCAUUACCGCACCCCCUCCGGCCCAGUCUGAAGACAAGUACGGUUACAUGAUACCUUUAGACAACGACGGCCUGCCAGUGCGCGACUAUCCACCAGACGACACCCCUUCGGAGACCACGACCACUUCCCCCCUCGCCUCGGCAGGUGGGGCGGCCCUCACUAGCCAAAUACUUGCUAUGCGGCAAAAGAUCCUGUCGGGUGAAAGCAAAACAGAAGAUACCGAGGGUGGGCAAGAAGAUGAUGAAGACGCAGAUGACCCCGACUGGGAGCCACCUAACGACCUGACGACCAUGUCAGCCAGACAAGUCACCAAGUUCCUCCGGUUGGCAGACGUAGAGGAGGAGGCCAUACAGCGGUUCAGGGCCGCGGGAGUUGACGGGAAGAGGCUAGUGGGCAUGCCCAGGGAUGAAAUGACAGAUGAGUUUGAACUCACCUCACAGCAGAGCAAAGACAUCUUCAGCUUCAUACUGGAGUCGCAGAUCGCUACCAAGCUGUAGUGACCAAGCUGACUUAUCAGCGGCUCAGCAUGAUCAAACUUAUGACUUCCAUGCAGUACAUGCAAGCCCAAAAUACAGCAUGUAAUUAUAACGUUACCAGUGCAGUACGGAUCACAAGAUGAUAAAUUUAACGUUACAGACAAAUUAUGCAGCACAAUAAAUGAUGUGACAUUUUGCAAAACAACUUCUUGUUUUAAGAUGUCAAAUGAUGAUCAUGUCAAGUGGUACCCAGUCAGUGUCACUUUUACGCCCGCCGCGCAUAUAGCAAAUAUAGUACAGGGCAGUAUCACUGUAGAGAAAAUCUACCCUAUACUGCCCUUAUAUGCCCAGUUAUAUGAAGUUGUAAAACUUCUUGCCUUCAAAGAAUAACUAUACAUAGUACGUAGUAGAGCCAGGUAUAGACUGUAUGGUGUGAUAUUGUAUAUUAAAUCGCCACCGAUGUAUACAACAAAAAUUAAAGCCUGUACUGCUUGACGGUAUCAGCGUAUACUAUGUCUCUAUUGGCUGCUCUAGAUCUGCUUAAGUAUUCAUAUAAUUUUUAUGAUUUAGCUAUGGUAAUGCUAUCAUUCUAUACUUAUUGUGCAGUACUUUCGCAGAGGAUGUAUACAUAAACAUAUACGCAAAUUGCAAAUAUUA